GUCUAUUUACAUGACAGUCGAAGCACCAAAAAAACAAAGAAUAUUCGUCAAAAAUCGUUCGCGAGUUUUUUACGUUCUGAAAUAGUAAAGUUAUUAAUUUCAAAUGACGACUGCUGCUCGACCAACCUUCGAUCCAGCCCGGGGUGGCAGUGGCCGCGGUGAAAAGGAUCUCAGUGCUCUAUCCAAACAAUACAGCAGCAGAGAUCUCCCAGCGCACACCAAACUCAAAUAUAGGGAUCCCGGUCAGGGCACCACCGAGGAACUACGCAGCCGUGAUUUCCGUGAAGAGCUGGAAAAACGCGAACGUGAGACGAAACCGGGUAGCAGCAAACCCGCCUCGUCGGCACCUCCAUCAUCGGUGGUUCGACGUGCCAUCGAAGCCAACAGCAAUAACAGCAGCAAGCGACAGAAAACUGAUUCAACUGCGCAGAACCUGGACGCGGAUGAUCCGGUGGAGAGUGACAAUUCCGACUCGGAUUCGGAUGAGGACGAUACGGCGGCACUGUUGGCGGAGUUGAACAAAAUCAAGCGGGAGCGGGCACAGGAAACAACGAAGAAGGAACUUGAAAAACGACACGAAGAGGAACGCAUCAGGAUGGAGAAUAUUUUGUCCGGGAAUCCAUUGUUGAACUAUGCCUCCACGGCUAAGGCGGAAUUGAAGGUUAAGCGGCGAUGGGAUGAUGAUGUGGUUUUUAAGAACUGUGCUCGUUCGGAACCGGACAAGAAAGGUGCUCAGUUUAUCAACGACUCGCUGCGGUCCGAGUUUCACAAAAAGUUUAUGGAUAAGUACAUUAAGUAAGAUAGAUGUAAUGUGUAAUUUUCUUUCAUAUGAUAAUGUUCAAUAAUUGAUUGUAAGUAGUAUGCUGAAUUUCCAUUACAGAACUAUAAAAAGAACUUGUUUCCUUGCACUAGUAUAUUAACUGUGUUUAUAUCGUAAUCAAUAAAACAAUAAUAAAUUCUGA